AUGCGCUUAAAACUCUUUCCCAACCAUGCACAACCCCUAUUGAGGCUGCAACAUCCUACCAACAACAAUCCAUUCUUCAAAUCUAAGCGAUUUUCUGCAACCACCACACAACAUUCACAGAAUAAGGAAGCAGCCACCACAAUCGACCAUUUACCGGAUGAGAUAAUCACGCUGAUAUUGCUUUCGAUUCAAGACGUUGAUAUCGAGAUGCUAUGCACCAUUGCAGCUGUAACACCAAAGUUUCGACGUAUCGCCAUGGAUUUAAUUCGACGCUACAUGCUACCUGGUAUCCAGCUUAAUACCUUGAUUGACCAAGAAGGUCGUCGUCGCUUCACAACGCACUACUUUUUCCAGGCCUUGGAUGAAGAAAAGAUGAUGGCUACAUUUAUACCAUUGAUAUCCACACCCAAGCGCGUUCGUAAUGACAAUUAUGCUGCCCUUCCCACGCUUCGUCGUUUAUGCAUGAGUGAUUCAGGCCAUCAGGCGCCUGUAAACAAAAGCGGGCCACCACCACGUCAUGAGUCUUUAAACAGACGGCAAGCAUCAUGGCACACACUCGACAGCAUGACGCCUACGAUGCUUGAUAUGGAUUCCAAUACGAAUGCCUUAGUGACUAAAAAACGACCUUUAAAAGUCGCUCAAGCGGGUCAUCAUGUGAGUUGCUCAAACAGGAUGGUGCCAAGCACCAGUGGCAGCAGCAACAACAGCGUGUGGCAAAUGGGAUAUCGUGUUGAUGAAGGCAGCGGGAGCGAUCAGGAUCGCUACGUGACUCCAACACAUGUUCACAUCCAUCUUUCAUUGCUAUGGCAACAAAAGAAAAGAAAUCACACAAGCCAUGCUUGGACAACAUCUUUUGGAUGGAUCAAAAAGAAAAAGACGACGACAACAGCAACAUCUAAUCCUAUAGACAUUAACAACAACAGCAUCAUCACGUAA